CGUGGCGACACACUGUCGUUGAGUGGCCAAAGACUGAACUGAAGGCAGAUCUGAAUACUCCGGUAUUCAUGGCCAUGAAUAUAUACGUAUACUACCCUCCUCCCAUUGUUAUACUCUCCUUAACUUCUGACGCACUAGACAAUUCUUCUCUACCAAACUUCUGCUGGAGUUGUUCCACGUCGCUUUAGCCUUUUGAAUCGCUUCUUAGUCAUCGCAAAUUGAGGCCAAAUUGUCCCUCCUGGCUAUUUCUUUCGGCGAAACUGAUAUCAUUAUUCUCAACAAAGUAUACAGUUCCGCCCCACUUACCGGCUCCCGUCGAAGGAAUAAUUUACCGCCACGAUUCUCCUGCUGUGUACUCGGAUUGACCUGUAUCUCUCCUCGAUAUAUUUCAACCAAAACACACGAGCGUGCGCUAAUCCAAUACUCCGUACCUUCUCGAAAAAUGCCGCCCAUUCCAGCUCAGAUCAUGUGGACCCCGGAUAUCAUUGCAACUGUGGUGUACAGAGUCACCAUGGUCUUCGUGGGUCUCAUGUAUACUUGGAGGAAGUAUCGACAACCGCUAAGAACAGAUGAUAGCAAGUACCCCCCAUCCCCUUACAUGCCAUUUCCUAACUUCUUUGUGUAUAGUGCACCGAAUCGCCGAGCUCCUUGCUGUACGAACAUCGUUGAUGGAGGCGACUUUCGAAGGAAGUCAGGACCCCACUCCCACAAAGUCGAGCGACUCGAACGAUAUCGUGCAAGCUGCUGUGCAGACGUUUGAAGCAUUGGUUUCGACAACUUUGGACACGGAUAGUGAUGGUACUCCGGAUACUCUCUCGAUCAACCUUGAGCUCGAACAAGUGCAGAGUUCAAAACCCGAUCGACGUCAAGGUGUCAACAGAUCGAGUAAAGAAAAUUAAAAUCCUUCAAAAUUUUCGACCACCAUGCGAUCUGCUAUCGCUGUUGAAUGGUUUUCGAAAGGAUAAUCACCGAAAAAACAAUCGGGAAAAAGAAAGUCAUUGAGCGAGUGACGUUGAGAGAAUGAUCCCUGAGAGAACAUUUAUUGAGAAGAUAUAUGCUAAAAGGAUGGUCGUUGAGAGGAUAGUCAGAUGUGGCAGACAAUCUCUACUGUGGUGUUUUGGAGGAUGUACAUAGCGACGUGUCAGGUUAUUUAUUAUUGGAUUGUAUCUUUUUAUUUAUUCUAUUGUAUAUUUGGAGGGUAUAUAUAGCGAUAUAUCAGAUUAUUGAUUGUUAGAUUGUAUCUUUUAAUUUAUUCUGUUGUAUUUUUGAAGGAUGCAUAUAACGAUGUGUCAGGUU